AGCCUGCAGGGAUAAAUAGGCUGUGGCUGAGCUCAGAGACCCAGAGCUCCGGGAAGGAAGCCCAGGAACACACUCUGCACGCAGCUCUCCUGGCGGGCAGAGUGGAGACAAUGUCACUCCUCCUGGCGCUGGGGCUCUUGGUGGCUGAGUUCUGCUCUGCUGUCUUCUGCCACCCACCAGACCUGGGGACUCUGACCUCAGAGGACAGGGACAAUGGGACGCAUGUGGACCACCUCAAACUGGCUACCAGCAAUGUUGACUUCGCCUUCAGCCUCUACAAGCAGCUGGCUUCGAAAGCCCCAAACAAGAACAUCGUCUUCUCCCCUGUGAGCAUCUCCACCGCGCUGGCCUUGGCGUCCCUGGGAGCCCGCAACACCACGCUGGUGGAGAUCCUCCACGGCCUCAAGUUCAACCUCACAGAGACCUCCGAGGCUGAAAUGCACCGAGGUUUCCAGCACAUCCUGCGCAUCCUGCGGCAGCCCGAUGAGCAGCUGCAGCUCAGUGUGGGCAAUGCCCUCUUCAUCGACGAGCAGCUGCAGCUGCUGGCCAAGUUCACGGAGGACGCCCGGACUCUGUAUGAAGCCAAGACCUUCACUGCCCGCUUCAAGGACCCCACAGCUGCUGAACAGCUCAUCAAUGACUUCGUGAAGAAGGAGACCCAGGGGAAGAUCCUGGAGCUGGUCAAGGGCCUGGACCAGGGGACCAUGCUGGUCCUGGUGAAUUACAUCCUCUUUAAAGGCAAGUGGAAGGUGCCCUUUGACCCCCGAGACACCAUCCAGUCAAGGUUCUACAUGACUAAGAAGCGGUGGGCACAGGUUCCCAUGAUGAGCAUAGAGAAUGUGCACAUACCCUACUUCCGGGACGAGCAGCUGUCCUGCACUGUGGUGGAGCUGGAAUACACGGGCAACGCCAGCGCGCUCUUCAUCCUCCCCGAUGAGGGCAAGAUGCACUCAGUGGAGGCUGCGCUGUUUCCAGAGUCACUGAGGCGGUGGAGAGAUCGCCUGAGGACCAGGAGGAUAGAUGAGCUCUACCUGCCCAAGUUCUCCAUCUCAAAUGAGUACGCACUGGAACGUGUCCUCCCCAAGCUGGGCAUUAGGAAGAUCUUCUCUGGGGAGGCCGACCUCUCAGGGAUCACUGGGACUCGGAACCUGAGGGUCUCCCAGGUCUUCCACAAGGCUGUGCUGGAUGUGGCCGAGAAGGGCACAGAGGCAGCUGCCGCCACAGGAGUCAAACUAGUCCUGCAAUCUGCAAAAUACAACCCGCUGAUUGUAAACUUCAACAGGCCCUUCCUGGUGGUUGUGCCCCAUGCAAACAGCCCGAACAUCCUCUUCCUGGCCAGAUUCACCAACCCCAAGCAGUCCCAGAGUUCCCGCUGAGUGGGGCUCUCACAAGGAGCCAGGGUGAGGUUCCCGCAGCUGGGCCUCCAUGCACUGAGGUCCGGGCCUGCCUGUGCAUCCUCAGGAGAGUGAUGUUGAUGCCUGUGCAGAGCCGCCUGCACAGGGAGCCCGUGAUUUGCUCUGCCUGAGGCCUCCUGGCAGCAGUAACCCACCAUCCUGAAGCCUCUGCUGCUGAAGCCUCCACUGUGCGUCCUUGCAGGUUACCUUCCUCCUUGGCAUUUGCCCUGGCCCCUGAGCUGCAGCUCUGACUUCCCAGAGCCCUGAAAGCCUUAGCCAGGUGCCCUGGGGCCUCAAGCCCAGGACCUGGGUUGGGGCACGAGGGGCCUUGGGGGCCUGUUCCCCUAGACCCCUGUCCAGGGCCACCUUCAAUCUUUCCCUUGUUUCCUUGCCUGGGACCAGCUCUGCUUGCUGCUGCCUCUUAGAGGGAGGUGUAGGUAAGGAUGACACAGGACAGGUGCCGGGUGGCGGGUGGCUGUGUAUUUACCACCAGGAGUGCAUCAUAUGCCGCGAACUUGAGGAAGUGGACAAGCCCUUGUAAAGCCAGUGCACGCUACACAGACAGCCCUAGAUCACACCAAGCAGGGGACAGUUCUUUCAGAAACCAACUCAGCCCUCCACAAGGAUGAAGCUAGAGGUCCCCGACCCUGGGAAGUUUGGUCACCUUGUGGCAAGUCCCCUCACUUGGCGGCUGCUCCUCCCAUUUGCAACUUCCUAAAUAAACUCUCAUCUCCUACCUUCG